GGUGGCCAUGUUCGGCGACAGGUGGCUGCAGAACUCAGACCUCGUGGAAUCCGAGUCGGCCAACGACCGCCAGAGGUCAUGGUCUAUCUCGCGAUCGCUGUGCACGCGCGAGGGCGACCAUCGCCCCGGCGAUCGCGCCGGGGAGCUCGGGGGCGCGGGCGCUGGGAAUUUCCAGCAUGUGAUGCAUCUGCAGCCGCGGAUCCUCGAAGGCGCGCCGCCCUGCAAGUGCGUGCUGCCGGGGUCUAGGCGGGGCCGCCGUGGCAAGGGCAUGUGCGCAGAGAUCUUCCAGGCUGUCUGGGGGAAGUACUACGUCCCUGUCCGAGCCACAGUCUUCGCUGCGGACAAGCUUUCCGAACGCGAGCACGACGCGCUGGGCGCUUUCCGUCGCGGGGUUCGAGUCGUUUCGGCAGCGAGGUGCAUUCCGCGGUUUGGAGCAACGUUGUCUUCAAAAAACAGGAAUUCGACCGACCCCUUUACCGCCCGCGCGUGCAACUCGGGCGAUGCCGAGAAUACGGAACCCAUGUGCAUUUACAUUUUCGCAUGCAGCGACAUCCCGUCAUGGGGGCAGGUUCCGAAGGGCUCGGAGCGCGACCGCUUGCUGCCGAUGUGCAUGCCGAAGAAGUUUCGCGACUCCUUCGGCGCCCCCACGCCCCCGCGCUCUUUCCUGCAGGACCGCGGGCUCGGGGCGGAUAUUGGCGUGCCCGAGUUUGCGAUCGGCCACUUGCUCGACCUCGUCGCCAUCGGGUCAUCCGCGUCUUCGAGCGGGGGCCUCUCGCCGCGUGAGCUGGCAGCGGCAGGGGCGAAGACCGCGGCGCCAUGGCUCGAGGCGUGGAUGGCCGAGCGGGGCAGAGUGGGCGGUGACGGCGCUGGCGAGGGCGAGGUGAACGUGGAGUCAUUCGCACCCGUCCAGGUGGGGCAGACCAGCUGCGAAUUGCCACUGGCCGCCCCGGAGACGAAGCGGCGGGCUGCCCUCCUGAGCCACGUCCGCGCGUCAGGUCGCCUCGAAGCCAACCUUUUCCAGAUCGGGGCCGCGAAGUCACGCGGGCAGAGAAUGCAGGCGUUCGUGGCCGUGCUCCCCUUCGACGCGUCGCUGUGCAACCAGCUGUUCGCGGACGCUGCCGCGUUCGGCGACCUCGCGGAAUGCUCGUGCGACGCGCCCCUGGACACCUGCGCCCCCGCGGGGGGCGCGCUCGCCAAGCCCGCCGAAGCCGAAAUGCCGAGCCGACGCUGCCGCUGCACUGUCUGCGAGGCAGCCAACUUGACCGCGCUGCGGGCCCGGCGCGACGCCAGGGCUGUCGUCGCGGGCGCGCGUCGCCAGGACGGGCUGUCCGCGCGGGUGGAUCUCCUGGGCCAGGCGGGCAAGGCCUGCACCGUGAAGGGCGGUUUCCUCCGGUCAACCUCCGUGCCAGAGUGCCCAGGCAUCCGUGUCCUUCACCGCGAGUACUACCAGUUCAACAAGGUCGGCCGCGCGUGCGAGGCAGUCCCAGGGCUUCAGUCUUGCGCCGGGGAGACGCCAGUCGUCGCGUUCGACGGCCUGGCGAUGGAUCAGUUCGACAGGAUUGCGGCGUUAUACAUCGCAUUCCUGGAGGCGCUGCGCCGGCGCGUUCCGGCUGGCGCCAUUGAGCGCGACUUCGGGGUCGUCGAGAUGUGCGCGGACAAGUCCAGAGAGUGGCGCGCCGUCGUUGCCCAGUACUAUAACAUCGACGUGUCCGAUGCCAGGGAGAUCUUUUCGCGGCUACCGUUCAAGGGCAGCAUUCGGCUCAAUGCAUCCUGGGAGAGCGAUCGCCCCGACGACAUUCUGCCGUGCCUGAUGGAGUUUAGGAGUAGGCGUGGCCAGGGGAUCCUGGCGGCUCAGUGUGACAAAUGCAAGAAGGCGAAGUUCUGGAGUUCGACGUCGCCGCUGGCCUGCCCGACUGCGCGCGGCUUCGGGGUUCGCUGCUUUCCCGCGGCGGGCCCGGCCGCGGCGGUGGGGGCCGCCGGUGGCGCGGGGACCUUCAGGAACCGCCAUGUUGCAUCCAUGGAGAGGGUGUUGCUGAAGGCGCAUCCAGGGCCCUUGGCGCCAGCGCUGCGCCUGCAGACGAUGGGGGACAACAUCCUCGAGAGCGUGGCUGUUGCUUCCAAGGGGCUGCGCGCGUGCGUUGUGAGUAUGGUGUUCGACGGUGUGUGCCUGGCCAUGCCUUCCAUGUCCGAAAUCGCGGGGGUGUUCGAUGCUGUGGCCGACCGCGUUUGGAAGACGCGCAGUGCGCGCGUCGCCUUGAAGGCAGUAGGCGGCGAGACGAUCAGCGCGUUCUCGGAGAUGGGCAAGUGGCUGGAUAUCGAUGCGGCUGCGGCGGUCACCGGUGCGCCGGAAGUCGGCGGGCUGCCUCGCGUGCAGGAGCAUCGGCGCGGGCGCGAGCCGGGCGGUGGGCUGCUCGGCGCCGUGGCAGCCAGCGGCGCGCCCGAGGGCG